CACCUUCUCCGAGAGGGAGUGACGGAGCGAGAAGACCAAAACGGCCGUUGCAAAGAAAAGGGUUAUCUUACAACCACGGGAUAUGCAUCGGUAACUCCCGGAGGCGUGGGAGAAAGACAGUGUUAUGAUCAUAUGGUCACCAGGGUGCCCUGUCAACUCCAAUUCAAUCCGUAAUUAAAGUGCUCGCCUUUACUGCAUACAGUGAAGCGGGCGGCACUCCGGCGUCGCCUCUUCCUUUCACCACCCCAUCACCAACCCACCAGGAUGCGCUUCUCUGGCUUUGCGUUCUGCAUCGCUGGCGCAGCCUCUGCGCUCGCUUUGGAACUUGAACCGGCCGUUUACGCCGCGAACAGCACCUUCUUGGAGAUGACCGCUAUUGUCACCCAGAAUGGAAGCUCGGCGCUGGAGUGUUGGCGCUUGUCGGACCCAUUCACGACUUCGGCUGGCGCCGGAACGGCUGGUGCUUCCACCUUGAACAUCAACAAUCUGGCGAACGCGACUUACACUGUCGUUCCGCCGAGAUUUGAAGGCGGGAUCCAUAACGCGCCUUAUCCUCAAUUGGUCGUGUUCUUGUCAGGUGUUGCACUUGUGACGCUUCCCAAUGGUACAGACAACGCAUUCGUAGUUGGAGGGGCAGAGGGUAUAAUCGUUGCCGUGGAUGUCACUGGGACGGGACACAACACAAGCUAUCCGUCCAACAUGGAGACACGAGCCCUGCAGAUACCUUUCGCGAGCGGUGCAAUUCCUCCGCACGACGUCAUUAACUCCGGUCCAUGUACAGCUGCCUCCCAAGUAGUAACGUCGUUAUGAUAUGAAAUCAAUGAUGAG